UGCUGUUCGUGCAGUGGUGCUUGUAGCCUGAACACACACACACAAACACCUAUUCACACACACAAACACCUAUUCACACACACACACGGUUGUCCGCACAAAACAGGCUAAGAAACAACAAACCCAAACAUCAUAUUCCAGGACUUCACGUACAGCACUGUUCUCUAGAGAAAGCCGAAGGAGACUGAGAAAAGGUGGGCUCUCUGCUACCUGUUUGCCCUGGUAACAUCUUGCCAUGCCCUUCCCUUUUGGUAAGUCUCACAAGUGUCCAGCGGACAUUGUGAAGAAUCUAAAAGACAACAUGGCCAUUCUGGAGAAACCGGACCUUUCAGACAAGAAGGCUGAGAAGGCCUCUGAAGAGGUGUCCAAAUCUCUGCUGGCCAUGAAGGAGAUUCUCUACGGCACGAAUGAGAAGGAGCCGCAGACAGAAGCCGUGGCUCAGCUCGCUCAGGAGCUCUACAACAGCGGCCUGCUCAGCACCCUCGUCGCAGAUCUGCAGCUCAUUGACUUUGAGGGUAAGAAAGAUGUGGCGCAGAUCUUUAAUAAUAUUCUGAGACGUCAGAUCGGCACACGGACCCCUACAGUCGAAUACCUGUGCACUCAACAAAAUAUACUCUUCAUGCUGCUUAAAGGUUACGAGUCUCCAGACAUCGCUCUGAACUGUGGGAUCAUGCUGAGGGAAUGCAUACGGCACGAGCCGCUGGCCAAGAUCACCCUCUGCUCAGAGCAGUUCUACGAUUUCUUCAGAUACGUGGAGAUGUCCACCUUCGACAUCGCCUCGGAUGCAUUUGCCACUUUUAAAGAUCUUCUGACGAGACACAAACUGCUCAGCGCUGAGUUUCUGGAGCAGCACUAUGACAGAUUCUUUAGUGAAUAUGAGAAACUUCUUCACUCAGAGAACUAUGUGACUAAGAGGCAGUCGCUAAAGCUUUUGGGAGAGCUGCUUUUGGACCGGCACAACUUCACUAUAAUGACAAAGUACAUAAGCAAACCAGAGAACCUCAAACUCAUGAUGAACCUACUGAGAGACAAGAGCCGCAACAUCCAGUUUGAGGCCUUUCAUGUAUUCAAGGUGUUUGUGGCCAAUCCGAACAAGACCCAGCCAAUCCUCGACAUCCUGCUGAAGAACCAGACCAAACUCAUCGAGUUCCUCGGCAAAUUCCAGAACGAUCGCACCGAGGACGAGCAGUUCGGAGACGAGAAGACCUAUCUGAUCAAACAGAUCCGAGACCUCAAGAGGCCAACCCCGCAGGACGCUUGAGAAGGCCCACGAUUGUAUACCAAUGCAUGGAGGACGUCUAGACAGUCUUUAAGGCAGCGUCUAGACGGUGUUUGGCUCUCUGGGACGUUGAGUGGCCGCAGCGCUGGGCAUGUUUUUGUCUUUUGCAGGAAGUGUCAAAUGCCGUUUGAGCUCGGUGGGUGAGAAAUAUGAAGACAAGGAUGAAAAGUAGUCUUGCUUCGCUGGACAUUCAACCUCUCCCCCUACAAUGUUUUGUUCUCAUGUUUAAAAAAAACAAGCAAAAUGAACCGAAAACAUGGAUGUUGAUGCUGCUGCUUUAUUGCACAUAAAGAAGGAGGGUUUUGUACCUCAUACACAAACAUACACUCAAA